ACGCUUCCCUUCAUAUUUUCUCCACCAUCACAAUUACCCUUUUAGAAAUUGCUAAUUUCUACCAUCAACAGUUUAGAAAGUUUUGUUAUUUUUUUUCUUAAGGGUUUGAGAGAGAUGGGUUCCAAGAGCAAUAAUGCAUCACUUGCUUUGUUUAUUUUGCUCAACCUUCUCUUCUUUGCCUUUCCAAGUGCACAUGGUGCUCCACCUCCACCUCCACCUCCACCUCCGACUCCGACUCCGACUCUGACUCCGAGCCCUUCCACAGGCAACUGCCCCAUAGAUGCCCUCAAACUAGGCGUAUGUGCCAAUUUGCUCGGUGGAUUGGUUAAUGUUACAAUUGGUGCACCUCCGGUAACACCAUGCUGCAGUCUCAUUCAAGGCCUUGCUGACCUUGAGGCUGCUGCUUGCCUUUGCAUUGCGAUUAAGGCAGACAUUUUGGUCCUCAACCUCAACAUCCCUCUUGCAUUGAGCUCGGUUCUUCAAAAUUGUGGCAAAACUAGUCCUACUGGCUUCCAAUGCCCCUAAACAACUUCUGUUUCCUAGCCCUCUGUGUGGCUUUUGCUCAUUUCAUGAGUCAUAUAAUAAGAGUGUUUGGUGCAAGUGCAUUUCAUGGUAA